AUGGCUAAAUUCGACUUAUCCACCCUCGUGAGACCAAAGAUAUACUCUCUUGAACCUUAUCGUUGUGCCCGUGAUGAUUUCAAAGAAGGGAUUCUUCUCGAUGCUAACGAGAACACCCAUGGUCCAGCCCUUUCCAAGGCUUCUUCAUUAUACCAAGCUUUCAAGGACUCAGAACUCAAUAGAUACCCUGAUCCUCACCAGAUUGAUUUUAAGACACUCGUGGCUCACUUCCGUAACAGCGAAGCCCAAACCCCUGGGGCUUUAGUCAAUUUGACAAAAGACGAUAAACCUUUGAGUGCUGCCAAUAUGUGUCUUGGGGUUGGCUCUGACGAAAGUAUCGAUGCCUUGAUCCGUACCGUGUGUCGUCCUGGUAUUGACAGUCUUAUUAUCUGCCCUCCAACUUAUGGAAUGUACAAAAUCAGCUCACAAAUCAACGAUGUGGAAAUUGUUUCGGUUCCAUUGUGUUUAGAAGAUUUUGAAAUUGACUUGCCAAAAAUCCAAGAAACUUUGGCCUCUAGAGGAGAUUCCAUCAAAAUGAUUUUGAUCACCACCCCAGGUAAUCCAACUGGGAGACUCGUUAGUCCAGCAAAGUUGGAAAAGCUCCUUCAAUGGUCUCUAGAAAACUGGAACGGGUUAGUGGUGGCUGAUGAAGCGUACAUUGAUUUCUCCGACAUUGGCAGCAGUGUGUCAGUUUUGGUCAAUAAAUAUCCUAAUCUUGUAACUUUCCAAACAUUAUCUAAAUCCUUUGGUUUGGCGGGGAUCAGAUUAGGUAUCACAUUUGCUAGUGAGGAACUUGCUGGGGUGCUUAAUGCUUUGAAGGCCCCCUAUAAUAUUUCUACAUUGACAUCGACAAUCGCCCAAGAAGCUUUGACACCACAGAGUAUUGCUCAAAUGAGAAGCACCGUCGAUAUUAUCAAGGCCCAGCGUUCCAAAUUGAUCCAAGAAUUCAAGGAGAUUGACAACUUUGGGAAAGUUAUUGGUGGCGGAUUGGACUCCAAUUUCAUCUUGGUGGAAACAUUGAACAAUAAUGGCAAGCCGGACUCAGCCUUUGCCAAGAAAGUAUAUGAAAACAUGGCAAUCAAUAAGAAGACUGUGGUCAGAUAUAGAGGUAAUGAAUUGGGCUGUGUUGGUGCCCUAAGAAUUAGUAUUGGGACAGCUGAGGAAAAUAAGACCUUGGUGGAAAAUUUCAAAAAAACUUUUGCAGAAUUCAAAUAA